ACAUUCAUAUUCAUUCAAUGCUCGUCGAGUCGUCGGAUAUUGGUCGGAUAUUGUCUCAUCAUAAUGAGAUUCUUGUGAAUGAGACUCUCAGUCUCUCAUUCAACGAUUGAACGAUAUAAUAAAUUCAUUCAAAAUUUGUAUACUGACUACAAUCUACGUAAAAUUGACAUUAACAAAAUAAGUAAAAUAACCCUCCAAACACAUAAAAACUUCGAAAAAUAAAACUAAUCUAAAGAAUAUCGUCAAUUUCCUCGCAGCAUGUCGAACUCUGGUUUAACGUCUGAGGCACAGCUCCGAUACAUAGUACAAUGGUUCGGUGAAUUCAGUGAACUUCAGCGAGAAGACUUCCUGCCAAUCUUAGCCGCUGCAUACAGUGGGAAGCCAGAUCACUUAGCUUGUAAACUAGCUUCCCUAUCGUGUAAAGAUAAGCCUGUGACCUUAUUCCAAUGCCGUAUCAAAUUGUUUAAUGAGUGGUUUCCUACUUGGGCAGGGGAAGAACGAAAUAGACUCAUAAAAGCUGUGUCCGAAAUUGACUCAGACUUUGGAACUAAAUUGCAAGAUGCUCUCGUCAAUGGUGGAAAAUUGAAUGGAGAGCUCGAUGAAGAACACAAGAUGCAUUUUGAAACAGAAGUUGCACAAAGUCAGGGAAAUACCACUGAACCCAUUUGUAACGAACAAGAAAAUACCAAUGCUCAAAUCACUGCUGCCUUUUAAAAUGCACAAGAAUUUGAUAAUACUUUGAUAGCAUUAUUUUAUUUAUUUUUUAUACUAAGAAUAUUCCUCAUAUAACUAGAGUUGCCCGUGGUUUUUUGGCAGUUUUAGUAAGCGUUUAUAUUAUUUUGGUACCUUUGUGCCUGAAGUUUUAGAUCUUAUUUGUUGUUGAAGUAAGAAAGAACUUUUAUUACUUUUAACUAUUACUUAUAAGAAUUUAUACGUCUUUUAUAAACAUUCCAUAUCUAGACCAUUCCAUUAGCUAUUUUAGCAAAUUCCUACGGUUUUAGAAUCUCAUAUAAAUCAUAUCUAUCUUUUACAAUAUUAUAUAUAGAUAUUAAUAUAAUUUUAGAGUAUAUAGGUAUUAAAGAAUAUUGAAAUGAUUAAGACUAAUAUUCCUCAUUAUAGGUAUACAGAGGUUGUAAUUUAAAAUAUACAUAUAUAAUAUUUCAUAUUAAAAGCACAAGUAUCGGUGUGAAUGAAAUAAUACAAUCAGAUCUCCAAGAUAAUUUAUAUUGGGACACGAUUAAAAUAACUUUAUUUCUUUAGAUUUAUAAUAUGAUGUAACUGGCAGGUUGGUAAAGACAAUAUUGUAAAAAAAAGACAUUCAAGUAAGUAAGGGUUAUUCACUGCCUUGUUUUUCUUUUUUUUUUUUAAAGCUGUGAACACUAAAUUGAUGUUAUAAUCGUAAAAUGUGUGUCAAAAUUUCGAUAACUAAAAAAAGAUUAUAUACAUACUUAUUUCUUUUU